AUGUUGCGCUACACGUUCUCUCGGGCAAAUUCUGCAUUACACGCAGUAUCUGCGAGCGCUUCAGCGAUUCAACUCGCAUACAGUAUAUCGUCGUUGGCGAAAGACUUUCCAAAGGAACUGACGACAGCAUGCGCCUACUCCGUGCGGUUGAUAUGACGUUCCACGAGUUCGAAGGCUCUUCUAUACCCCCUUACGCCAUUCUUUCGCAUCGCUGGGAAGGCGAAGAAGUUACAUAUCAAGAGAUAAGCGAACGUGCGACUUUCACCGAAAGAAGAUCUUGGUUCAUCAUGAACCAGGAACUCAAGGUCCGAACGGCUGCCACAGAAAGGAAGUCUGGGUUCAAGAAGAUACGACAAUGUUGUGAGCAAGCAUUGGAAGAUAUGAUAGAGUACGUGUGGGUAGACACAUGCUGUAUCGACAAAUCAUCAAGCGCAGAAUUGUCCGAGGCCAUUAACUCAAUGUACGCCUGGUAUCAACGAUCUUUGGUUUGCUACGCAUACUUGGCCGACGUACAUAUUUGGCCAACAUACCGGACAGAAGACGCCGAUGGGUCCUGGGCGCAGGCGAUUGAUGGUACCGAACACAUACCAAAUGCACGUGGAGGCGGAGCAAGGAGGCGUAAUUCUGCUCCGCAGUCCACAGAACCCAUCACGAGUAUGAUAGGAUCCAAGUGGUGGACACACGGAUGGACGCUACAAGAGCAACAGGCCGUAGAACCUAUCGCGCGUGUCAUGAGAAGCAACUGGUGGACACGAGGAUGGACGCUACAAGAGCUAAUAGCCCCGUCUGAGAUCAUUUUCUAUGCGAAUGGAACAACCGGCUGGAGCAAGAUUGGCGACAAAUCCACUUUGCUUGAUUUGGUUGCGAAAAGAACCGGUAUUGAGAAGUACAUACUGCUUGGUGGGGACGUCAUGAAGUGUAGUGUUGCACAGCGCAUGUCUUGGGCCUCCGAACGCGAGACAACUAGGAUGGAGGACUUGGCGUAUUGCCUCCUCGGAAUCUUUGGUGUCAACAUGCCUUUAUUAUAUGGAGAGGGCAGCAAAGCGUUUCUGCGCCUCCAGGAGGAAAUCAUGAAACAGUCUGAUGACCAAACACUGUUUGCGUGGCAGCUCGGUUUCGAGAGCACGAGAAAUGAUCUCGUUGGACCUUUGGCUAUACAUCCGUCCAAAUUUCGAGGAGCCAGCACUUUGAUGCCUAUUCUUGAUGACGAUUUCCAGAGUCCGUACUCAAUGACAAACAAAGGCUUAAGGAUCGAGCUUCCGAUUGUUCAUCACGGCGAAGACCCUUAUGGAUUAGCUUUUUUACAUUGCGGCACCUACAACACACGGACUGCCCUACCUGUUGUGCGCCUUGGGCCACCAGGAACAAAUCGGUAUGCUCGCGAUGCUCGCUCCAUUGGACCAUUGAUGACUAUCGAAGUCUAUCAACGUGCACCCACAGUCAUUUUCAUGAGUCAAGAGCCUGGUAUCAGAGUAGAAAAGCGACGGCCUCUCCAGGUAGUCAUCAGCCAAGACAUUCUGAUGCUAUUCGAUAAAGUAUACUGUAGUGCCAGGGUUGACCAGUCAGCUGUCUCAGGUGCAGACGCUAUUCAAGCGUACACAUUUCCUGUUGGUUGUCGUCGCGGCGCGAUACUAAUGCCUGGAUAUGGCUACAAUCUACUACUCUUAUUCAACGUCGAGCUACAGCAUGUCGGGCGAUAUACAUGUAAGGUUAUUUAUGCAGGAGAUCGUUUCCGUUUCCACGACUACUUGGGCACCAAAGUCCAAGAGCAAAUCCUUCGCAUGGCGCGCAAAUUGCAAGUCCUUCGCAUCAAGCGCGAAUCGCAAAAAACGAAUCAAACGACAGAAGCCGCUUUGGUUGACGAGCUCGAACAACUACCCAUGUGGAAUAGGAUCCACGGGGACUCCGGUCCACCAAAUAAUCGGACUAGCUUCGCUGACUUACCGGAUGACCGUAGGAUCUUGGCCAAGUUUGCGCCAUAUGAUGCACUCGAUAGCAGAGACGACGGCAAUCUUGUGCUACAUAUCGAUAUGCUGGAUCAAUCGGAAGGUCCACAGGAGCUAUUUGAGCUGGAGUAGAAAGUAGGUGAAGGGAAAAGAGAGUGCAAGAGAUAAUAGGGAUGAAUGGCUUGGAGGCAGCCUGGGAACAACUGUGUCUGUCCAUGCGGACACGUCCUCAUGUUUCACUGCACCUUAGUCACUUAAUACACUUCUGCCUCGCAAAUGUGCACGCCGUGCAGAGUCCUGCCGCUACAUCGUGCCACUACAUCGUGCCACAUGCUCACUUUCCAGAUGUAACCGCAAGAUACGUUGCAUAUGUUCGAACAAAAACUGAAUUCAUCCACAGAAUCCUAUGCACAAGGGCACUUGCCGAAAAGAUGGCGUUUUGAAUUGGUCUCGGAGAGGAUUUGGAUGACUACAUCAUCGUAAUACAUGCAAGAUUGAAGGAACCAGUACCAAAAUGUUCUGAUGCAUCAUCAGACCAUACGAGCGGAAAGACUACAUUAUACUUACACUGACCGAUG